UGUAACGCUGAUCUCAUAUUGGUUAGUCAUCUCAGUAGUUUACUAGCAAACAGGUUAAGCAUUGUAGCUCUUUGGUGUUUUAAACGUAAAAUCUGUUGUACAUGGUAUUCGCUAACUAUCCCAUUUAUUUUCAUAUUUACGUUGUUAGCUUACUAGUCAGCCACCUGGCUGAUUAAAUUGGCUCUCAGCUAGUUGCUUGUGCUAACAUCACCCACCAUGAGUUCAAUUAGCAACUACCCCCCUGCUGAAGAGGUGAAGGUUUGCUGGACGGAGAAAGAGGGUCUGUGGCUUAAUAUAGUCGUAAAGGAAGAGGAGGAGGAGGAGGCUGUCACUGAGAAAGGAGACGAAGAAGUGUUCAGAGUGAAACUGGAAGAGGAGGAUGCCGUUUUAGAAGUGGCUGAAGAAGAGAUUACCGUCACUUUGAAAGAGGAUGAGAAGUGUGGAGAUCGGAUUAGCACCAGAGAGACACCAGACUCUCACUCUCACAGCAGAAAGCGUCCUACUGAUCAAGAGACAUCCAAACCACUCAGACGACACAAAUGUUCCCAUUGUGAAAAGAUAUUUGUCCAGUCAUCACAUCUGAAACGACAUGAGAUAACACACACAGGAGAAAAACGCUUCCAAUGUGCCCAGUGUGGGAAGGGUUUUACACGGCUAGUGCAGCUGGAAGAUCAUAAAAGAAUACAUACAGAUCUUCAGGGUCAAAGUGUCAGCCCACCAGAUGAACUCUCAGUCAGACUGGUGAAUGGGACCAGUUCCUGUUCUGGGACAGUGGAAGUCUUUCAUAAUGAACAGUGGUCAGCUGUGUGUAAAUGGGAGUAUGGGGGUUACACAGGGUGGAAGAUGAUCAAUGCUUAUCAAGUGUGUAGAGAGCUGGGCUGUGGGAAUGUUUUUACUGUAUUAACAACACCUUGGUCUGGAGAGAGAAGAGGAGUCAUAGUCGGUGGUUGCACUGGAGACGAAUCUUCUCUUAGAAAUUGUAUGACAGGACGUUCUAGUGACUGUGAUGGUGGACAUUAUUAUCAUGUGACCUGUUCAGAAUCUAUACAGCUUGUUGAUGGAGCUGGUUUCUGCUCUGGGAGGUUGGAGGUGAAGUCCAGUCAGACCUGGGUCUCAGUGUGUGAAUCUGACUUUGACCAGCAGGAUGCAGAGGUGGUCUGUAGGGAGCUUGGCUGUGGGGUUCCUGUAGAUCUACAGGGGGGGCUCUAUGGAGAAGGUAAGGGUCAGAUCUGGGAUAAAGAGUUCCAGUGUAAAGGAAAUGAGACCCGCCUUCUGGACUGUGACACCUCAGAAAGAAAAAACAACACCUGUCUACAUGGUCAUACUGUUGCACUCACCUGCUCAGAGCCUGAUAAUGUGAGGCUGGUGGGAGAAGCCAGUCGCUGUGCUGGUGGAGUGGAGUUGUACUACCAGCAAGAGUGGAGGACUGUGGGAACUGAUGACAAGGACAAUUAUAGGAAAAAUAUAGCUAAAGUUGUGUGUAGACAGCUGGGUUGUGGUUCCAAUGUUUCUGUAGUACCUGUUAAUACCACUACAGGGACUGGUUUGUACUGUACUGGGUCUGAGCCUGGACUGAGAGAAUGUGCAACUUGGAUGUAUGUUAUACCCCAUUUAUUCACAGUGAUCUGCUCAGAUCUCCUGGUCCAGCCUGAUAUCUACCUGACUGACUCAAUGGGAGGGGUCUUUAGGGGCCACCAGGGACCUGAGAUGUUCAAGGGCUACAACUUCACCAUCACCUGCUCCACUCAGCCACAGUACCCAGGAGGCUCCUUCCUCUUCACGUUCACCGGCUCCAACAGAACCCAGACCCAGACUCAGCCAGCUGUCAAUCACUCAGCUGUCUUCCUCUUCUCUGCUGCAGACGACUCCCACCAAGGAAACUACAGAUGUGUUUAUAACAAUUAUGUUUUCUCUCAUAACUUCUCCUCUGAGAGUCAGCUCCUCUUCCUAACCAUCACAGCCUCUCCUCAUCCAGCCUUCAUCAUCAGACACGUCAUAGUGCUGCUCAUUCUACUGACCGUCAUCAUCACCUCCUGCCUGAACUACAAGUCCAUCAGGGGGCAGAAGAGAGUGAACAGGGUGACCAGCAUGGAUCUUCAUGUCAGUACCAAUGUCAUAGAGAUGGUCUCUCUGGACUCCAGAACUGAUGCCGGGCCGGGAGAGGAGACAGCAGUCCAGGAGACAGAGUAGGAGUAUGAGGAGUACCAGCUGAUGUUGAUCUUCAGGGUCAAAGUGUCAGCCCACCAGAUGAACUCUCAGUCAGACUGGUGAAUGGGACCAGUUCCUGUUCUGGGACAGUGGAAGUCUUUCAUAAUGAACAGUGGUCAGCUGUGUGUGAAUGGGAGUAUAGGGUUUACAGAGGGUGGAAGAUGAUUAAUACUUAUCAAGUGUGUAGAGAGCUGGGCUGUGGGAAUGUUUUUAUUGUAUUAACAACACCUUGGUCUGGAGAAAGAAGAGGAGUCAUAGUCGUUGGUUGCACUGGAGACAAAUCUUCUCUUAGAAUGUGUAUGACAGGACGUUCUAGUGACUGUGAUGGUGGACAUUAUUAUCAUGUGACCUGUUCAGGUAAGAUGCUAAAAAUACUGUUGGAUUAUAGGAGGAAGUGAAUGGGGGUAGACUGGUAAUACUGUUGGAUUAUAGGAGGAGGUGUA